UUGAAACUCCCCUUUACUCUCUGUUCUCUUCUCUUCACUCUCCUCCUCUACCCUCUUCUCUCUUCUCAGAGCAUUGCACAACUCGGUGCAACUGUUUUGCCAUGGCUGCUUAUGCUGUUCACCACGAGAGUAUUUUGUGUUGAGAGGGUUCACUGCCAGUGGGGCCCUUAUGGAGACUGGUUCGAUUGUGAUCCCUGCACACAAACACAGACAAGAAGUCGGCCGAUAGCAGUCUACUCACAGUUUGGGGGGAAUCCCUGUGAUGGGGAAGCUACUCAGACACGGCCUUGCCAAACCUCACAAGGCUGCCCCUUGGAUCAGGGUUGUGGAAACAGGUUUCGUUGUCGAUCGGGGAAGUGUAUAAGCAAAUCUCUGAAAUGUAAUGGCGACCAGGACUGUGAGGAAGAUGGGCAGGAUGAAAAUGACUGCCCCGGUGGAAAAUUCCACAUUUGUGAAUACACUAUUCCCCCACCUAAUGUUCAGUUACUAGGACUUGGGUAUGAUGCGGUGUCUGAAAAGACAAGAGCCAGUGUCAUCAAUUCAAGGAGCUAUGGAGGCCAAUGUCGUCCCACCUAUAGUGGUGAUCACAGGACUAUCUUUCGACUGCCAUACAGUACUAUCCAGUACGACUUUUCGGUUAAAGUCCAGAAUGAGCUCAGUGAUGAAAUGUUCACGAGUACAUGGCACUAUGCCAAGGACAUUGUGAACAGGGAGACGGUGCGUGGGACCACAUCAGGAUAUCGCAACUAUGAUUUUCACGAGAAACAUGACAAGUCAGAGAGGUACAGGCUUUUGGUUUUCAAGAGCGAAAUAGAGGUGGCUCAAUUCCAGAAUACGUCUCCCAAGAACCUUCCAAUUUCUGAAGUGUUUUGGAAGGCACUGGCCAAACUCCCAAAUGUUUAUGACUACUCAGCCUACAAGAAGAUUUUGGAGCGGUUUGGAACACACUACAUAUCUGAAGGAAGCCUAGGAGGCUCCUUCAAAGCGAUUAUAUCAAUUGAUGAAGCAACUGAAAAUUACAUAGCCACGGAAAAGUAUGAGCAUCGUGAAUGUACGAAGACUAAACGUUGGAUCCUUUUUUUCCCCCUCGUCAUAGAGAAGUGUGUGAAGGAUGACUAUGAUCGUCCCAGGGACUGGAAUAAAAACAGGAAUAAUAACGUGGACAAAGUGGAUAUAGUAGGAGGAGAAGUCUCACAUAUUUCUGCACUAGAGAAGAUGGACCUCACUGAUACAGGCACGAACUCAGAACUGUACUCAAACUGGGCUGAAUCUGUUAGGUCAUUUCCACUGGUUAUAAAACAAAAGCUGCGACUACUGUCCGAGCUUGUGAAGGAAGUUCAGUGUGCAGGGGCAAAGAGAGUUUAUCUACGCCGGGCUAUACACCAGUAUCUCUCAGAGAACCAUCCCUGCCACUGCAAGCCCUGCAGAAACAACGGUUUGGCUGUAAUGGAUGGAAACAAAUGUAAAUGCAUCUGCAAGACUGGCACAGAAGGGCUGGCCUGUGAAAAGGGAACUGAAGCAGAAGGCCAACAGGGAGUGAUUCAUGGUAGCUGGUCCUGUUGGUCUGCGUGGUCUCAGUGCUCUGGGGGUCGUGUCUCACGAAGUCGCUCCUGUUCGAAUCCAUUCCCUCAGAAUGGGGGACAGCACUGCAUUGGAGAUUCAACUGAUACUUCCGAGUGUGAUGAUGAUGAGCUGCAAUACUUAAUGACAAUGGAGCCACAGUGCUUUGGCAGUACUCUCCAACCAAGUCCCAAGUGUGAAAACCCACCCAAUCUAAUCAAUGGUUUCAUCCAGAACCCGAGGGACUUCUACCGUGUGGGUGACCGAGCUGAGUUCUCCUGCACUGUAGGUUUUUAUCUUGUCGGUCAUGGAAACCUAGAAUGUUCUGCUGAUCAAACUUGGUCUGGAAGCCUUGGAUUGUGCAAAGUUUCAUCAUGCAAGCUUAAUUCGCUCACGCAGGAUGUAAUAGCCUCUCCUUUUAAGCCCCUUUACUCAAUUGGGGAGAAAGUAACCUUGUCCUGUCCUGAGGGUAGAACAUUAGAGGGGGAGGCAACGAUUAUUUGUGACUCUAGUUUGCAUUUUUCACCAAAUCCAGCAGACAUCAGAUGUAGUGAAGCUGAAGCCCCAAAACCAACUGCUCCCACAGUACAAUGUAAGGUAUGGGAGAAGGUUUUCAAAGGCAGAUGUAUUUGCAAAAGGGCUGAUGAGUGCAGCUCAUCAUUGGAUUUGUGCGUCACAACUUCAGAUGGCAGCAGAUUUCAUCCCAUUUCUGUCUGCAAAAUGCAUGUAAUGCAGUGUAUGGGGAAAGUCAUCGAGAUAGCUGAGGACAGCCGCUGUGACUGGCCAAAACGCCAAGCAGAAGCCUGUACCAAUUGUCACAUGUGGGAGAAGUGUGAUGAUCAAACCAACACAUGUCGCUGUAAGGAUCCUGAAGAUUGUUCAAACGCUGGAUUGGAUGUGUGUGUCCGCGUUGGCGAGAAUGCAACUGCUCCCACACAAACCAUGAGUGAAUGUGAAGCUGGACUUCGCCGAUGUAAAGGAGAAACUAUCUCAGUUGUCAGCAUCCUUCCCUGUGCUUCCUGA